AUGCAGAAAGAAUACGUUGCUAUGAACCUCCAGUGCGUACUGUUGUUCGCGUAUUUCGCCGCGGCUGAGGUCUUGGCGCAGAGCCGCAGAUGGACACCGAGCUUUCACUGGACGGAGAAAAUGACCAUCAAGAACCCGGAAAACAGCCCUUACUUCAACGACCCAGAGCUUGGGUCUCUGCAAGAUGCAUGGAAGGUCCUAGAAGAAACGUCAAAUGAUACGUAUGUUUUGUUGUUUCGCACGAACGCUCCCGUUUUUGGGAAAUGUAUCUCCACAACAGCAAAUAUCACAGACAAAACGAACAAAACCGCCAAUUACACAAUAAUGAGUUAUGAUACGGAAAAAGAGAAAUACGAGAAUACCACAAUACAAGUGAGAGCUCUGAAUCAAACUGACUACCCGCUUGAAAACGUUAUAAGGGCAAACUUCGAAGGAAGACCCCCAAAUGCUACUCCGGUUCCCCCAGGAAGCUACACGUACGCUGAGAAUGAUAACUCCACCUGCUAUUCCAGAAGUACUUUCUUUCCUGAUAGGGGAAAUGCUGUAAAUCCUCGGCCGAGUGCACGAGACUACGAUUAUUCUUUGGGAAAUGUUCUAGAUGAAUUGUUCUACAAUCCGAAAAGUGCUGACUAUAUUGACUUGUAUGUCGUAUACAACGAGCCGCAAUGUUAUAUCCUUAGGAAUCCCGCAGCCCAAGGAGGAUGCGACUUGUGGCUGAGAAAAACCGAGUUGAAAAAGAUAGUGGAUGACCUGGAAGACGAAAUUAUAAAAAAAAAAGAGGAGCUCUAUGAGGAGAAUAAGGAAGAAUUGGGAAUCUAUGAAAACUGUACUGCGAGCGAAGAUCAAAUAGAAGAUCUAAAACUUUACGUAGAAGAUGGCAUUGAAAGAUGGUUUCAAGACAUCGCAUGGAAAAAGAUUUCCCUCGACUGCGUUCUCGCCCACAUGAUAACCUGUGGAGAGCCAGUAUUUAGAGUUUACAAUCCGAUAACCUGCAAUACCACACUAACAAGGCAAUACCUGUCAUUGUCUUAG